CUUUCAAACCGUAUAUUUCUUUUUAUGAGACAGCGUCCAACACAAACCUCGUUUCUCCUUCAUCGGCGGCUCAACAUUCAGUAUUUAAGGAGCCAUGCUUAUGUUCUGAUCAUUUCAAACCGUUGGCCACUGUCCAAUCUCCUCUUAGAACAAUAAAUCAUAGCCAUGAAGGUGUGUAGGCAAAGCACGAAGAUUGUAAAGCCAUGUUACGAAGGCAAUCCUCCUCCGGCGACUAGUCAGCACAUUUGUCUCAGUGUCUUUGAUACUGUAACAUUUGACACCCAUAUCGCUGUUAUCUACGUGUUCAAGCCUCCAACACCUCCAAAUGCAACGGUGGAACAAGGGCUUCGGACGGUGCUAGCAGAGUACAGAGAAUGGGCGGGCAGGUUUGCUAGAGAUGAUGAAGGCCGCCGGGUCAUUUUACUCAACGAUGAAGGCGUAAGGUUGGUUGAGGCAACAAUUGAUUGCACUCUUGCUGAGGCCAUGCCGUUUAAGCCAUCUUCCUCAUUGUUGAACCUUCAUCCAAAUCUAAAGGGAGUGGAGGAAUUGAUGCAAGUUCAGCUCACAAGGUUCACUUGCGGCUCCAUGGUGUUAGGGUUCACGUCCCACCACAUGGUUGCCGAUGGACACUCGACUAGCAACUUCUUGAUCGCUUGGGGCCAGCGGACGCGAGGACUAGAGAUGGAACCACUUCCACUGCAUGAUCGUGCUAUCUUUGCCCCUCGAGAUCCACCCAGGUUCGAAUUCGAGCACAGAGGGGUCGAAUUCACUACUAAUAGACUUGAAGAAGAUGAGCUUCGGCUUCCCCUCUUCGAGCCUUUGUUAGCAGGCGGCAAUGACGACAACAUUAUCGUGCACAAGGCUCACUUCACGCUGGAGUUCCUGUCCAAGCUUAAGGUGAAAGCUUCCUCAGCCCGCGGGACUGACAAGCCAUACACCACGUUUGAGAGCCUGGUUGCUCAUCUGUGGAGAACUAUAACAAAGGCCCGCAGGCUCAACGGUUUUGAAACGACCCACGUAAGGAUUUCUGUGAAUGGGCGAUCAAGAUUAAGACCCCGCGUUCCCAAUGAGUACUUUGGGAAUCUGGUGCUGUGGGCGUUCCCGCAAGCUAGGGUGAAAGAGCUCUUGCAAGAGCCAUUGCACCAUGCAGCCAAGCUCAUACAUGAUUCGAUCACAAACGUUAAUGAUAGCUAUUUCAAGUCGUUCAUCGACUUUGCAAGUUCGAAAGAGGAGGACAUGAAAGAUCUUGUGCCAACAGCCAACAUGAGCAAGUCAGUUCUGUGUCCCAACAUAGAGGUUGAUAGUUGGUUGAGGUUUCCAUUCUAUGACCUUGAUUUUGGAGGGGGAAGUCCUUACGUUUUCAUGCCUUCUUACUUCCCUGUGGAGGGAAUGUUGUUUCUUCUCCCUUCCUUUAUAGGAGAUGGGAGCAUAGAUGCCAUUGUGCCCUUGUUCGAGCAUAGCUUGGUUAGCUUCAAGAAGGCUUGCUAUUGUCUAGACUAGAA